AUGUUACUUCGCCCAGUCUCCCGGUUACCCUCGCCGCCGAGCUGGAUCUCGCGGUUGUCGCCCCCCAUGCCUCUACGCGCCAAAGUAACGAACCCUGCCUUCCAGGCAGCUGUUACGAUGUCGACCUCUACAGAUAUUCCCAAAGAACUCCCCGGCGACGAACCGAACGACGUCCUUUUCAACUCCAUGUAUGGUCUGCGCAGUAUUGAACUGAACCGACCCAAGAAGCUUAAUUCCCUGAAUGGCUCUAUGGUCCGAAAGAUUCUCCCCCGACUGAAGGAAUGGGAAAAGUCUCACCUGGCCAGCAUUGUCCUCAUCUCCGGCGCAGGUCCGAAAGCGCUCUGCGCAGGCGGUGAUGUUGCAGCAUUGGCACUGCAGAACGAGCAGGGAGAGUCUGGGUCACAAGCAUCGACCGAUUUCUUCGGCCUGGAAUACCGCCUCGACCACUCGAUCGCCACAUACUCCAAGCCUGUCAUCUCUUUCAUGGACGGAAUCACCAUGGGCGGCGGCGUCGGUCUCAGCAUGCACGCCCCGUUCCGAAUUGCUACCGAGAAAACCGUUUUUGCCAUGCCCGAAACAACUAUUGGCUUCUUCCCCGACGUAGGAGGUUCGUUUCUCUUGCCACGAUUGGAUGGCGAGACCGGCACCUACUUGGCCCUCACCUCAGAGCGCCUGAACGGUGUACAGGCUCUGUACUCUGGCAUUGCUACCCACUAUCUCCACUCCAGCGUUCUGGCCAACGUGACCCAGCGACUCUCGGAGCUGGUAUUCCAAGACGACCUUGACCUGCCCGGGCGACUGGAUCUCGUUAACAAGACCAUGGCUGAAUUCUCGCUUGGCCUACCCAGUCUCCAGGAGGAGCCUAUCCUCUUGGCCGGUGAGCUGCGUAAUGCCAUUGACCGGUGUUUCCGCUUCAACACCGUGGAGGAGAUCUUCCAAGCACUGGAGGCAGAGACCGAACAGAAGGCCUGGGCACAGAAGACCUUGGAAACUCUUUCAAGUCGCUCCCCAACCUCACUCAAGGUGACUCUGCGCCAACAGCGUCUGGGCAAAAAGUGGAGCAUCUCAGAGACUUUCCAGCGUGAGCACGCUAUUGCUGGCAAGUUCAUGCGCCACCCCGAUUUCAUCGAGGGUGUCAAGGCCCGUCUUAUGUCAAAGCCCCCUCGCCAGGCUGAAUGGCAGCCGCCUAAGCUUGAAAAUGUUUCCGCAGAAGAUGUGGAGAAGUUCUUCGAGAUCCCCGAUGGCGAAAGUCGCUUGAAGCUGCUGAGCGAGGGCGAUUACACCCGUUACCCACAUGAGCGCUUUGCUCUGCCCAGAGAAGUCGACAUUGAGGCCUUCGUGCGUGAGCGCAGGCUUGGUCCUAAGAAGACGAUCGAGGAGUUUGCGAAGAAGUGGGAUCAGAAGGAGGGAGUGCGUGAGAAGGUCGCAGAGGUGCUCAACCGUCGCACAAUCAGCGACAACCACGGUUGGCGAUGGGUAUAG